AAUUCAUGUUUUGUUAGGGGCAAUGAAUAAUCAGUUUCAACUUGAUCCAAGAAUGGGGAGUUAACGUGUAAAAUAUUUCUACCAGACAGACAGAGUUGAUAUAUAUUUCUUUUAUUUCGGCAUAGGCUGAUAUAGAAACUAAAAGAUGUGAUUAUCACCCCCCUCAAGGGGGUGGGGCGGAUGUGAUCAUCAAACGAACGGUUCUGGUACCUAAUGGACCGGCUAGCUCACGUGACGUGUGAAUAACUUAGUAGAGUGACCUCAACAUAACAAAGACUGCUGGAACACAUUUGUAUGAUUGAAAUUUGAAUUUGCCCAACCUAUUACGUCAUGGGAUGCUCUGGCAGUAAAGGUUUAAAUAUUUACAACCAAAACGGGACUUACAAUACAGCUGAAAACUCAGUGCAGCAGCAGGGAGAGAACUCCCCCGAGAAGCAGACGACAGAAGUAUUGUCACAAGUGAAAACAUCGUCACCAGUGGCCACGGAGUUGACUGAAGUUGAGACAAACGAACACUUAGAAGAGGACAACUUAGAAACAGAAAACACGGAACAAUCACUAGUAAAUAAAGAUGGAAGAAUUCUGGGACAAACAACAGAAGAGACAGAGGAAGAGAUGAAAUUAUAUGAAGAGUCAUUAGAAAAGGGAGAGAAAGUAAUGUCGGAAAUAACAUUGCAAGAGACAACAGUUGAUCAAGAGUUGGCAGAUGACGAGCUGCAAGUCACUUGUGAUACAAAGCACACUUUAAGAGUGAAAAUUCAAUAUUCUUCCCGUGUCGGCGUCGCAAAGGAUGACGUCAUGUAUCCUGACGACCAGCCGGCUGCUGAUGAUGGCGUGGAGCCUUCUUGUGUCGACACACAGGCUUGUAGCAGCGAUGAACAGCUUCUCCUCGGCGACGAAAUACUUCCACCUGCCAACGCUGACGUUACAGAGCCUGCCUGCUCUGAAGAUCAGCCUGCCUCAGGUGACCUUCACCUUGCAAGGGAAGACGUGAAAAGUGCCUCUGAAGAUGUUCAACCAACCAGCGAGGGUGUGAACACUGAUAGUUUCGUCGAGGCACAACCCCAGUUUGACGAAAUGCACCAUUUGGUGGAGAAUUCGCAGCCUCUGUGCGUGGACAUGAUACCAUAAGCUUACUUGACAUCUCUUGUACCAGUUUUGUUGAUUCCAUGAUAUGAUUCAUUUGAAAGUAUCAAAUAGUUUAUCUGUUAUGUUUGUUGUUGAAGUAUUAACUAUGUUAUGUUUGUUAUUGAAGUGAAGUGACAUGUAAUGAGAUAGGGUCUCCUGCCCUUGCAAUAUUUUUUAUUCUUAAAAAGAAUUUUAACACUUUCACAAAAGCUGGAAUUCUAAUGAAUUUUGCUCAUAUCUAUAUGCAGUGUAACCUAUUAGACAUAUAUAUACAACAACUAUUAGUUGCAAAGUACUAUUAAAAGAAAAUUCAGCUAUUUAAUUAAAUAAAUCUACUAUUAAAUGAGUCAGCCAUUAUGUCUUAUAACUUAUGCGUUUGUUUGUAUGUUUUGUAUAUAUAUAUUUUAAAGAAAAAUGCGUAGACAUUGAGGGUGCCAUGUUUUGAGAGUUGACCUUACUACAAGCAGAGCCUAAUAAGAAAACACACACCCAUGUCUCGGCUCAAACUUUGCACAAUUAUUCAUAGGCGAAGGCAAUACAAGUUUGUAAAUGUUGAUUAUGUUUUGGAUGUCCCUUCUACUUCCUAGUCCAAACCUAGGGUUGUGUAUGAGCCCGGGACCAUCAAGACAACCAAACGACAGUCCCGCGCGCAAGUACACAUUAUUUGAAAUACAGCUGAAACUGAAGGUAGAUAUAGUUGUCAUACAUUUUGAGGAUUGCUAAAGUCAUUCUAUUAGUCUGAUAAAAAAAAAAAGCUAGUCAUCCUAUAUAUGUAUGAGAUGGCUGAGAAAUAAUUAAGUCAUCCUAUUUUUAUAUUUGCUACGUAAAAUAAAUUUGAAUUUCCUAAUCAAGUAUGCUGUUUAAAAUAUAAAAUCAAUUUCAUUUGCUUAGCAUUCUGAACUUAUUGAAGCUAAACUAAGAACAGAAAAGCAUAAAAGUGAUACCAAGUUUUGUUAAGAGAUAAUCACAUCUUGCUAUUUCAAGAUCUACAGAAUGUAUUGAUUACUUCUUUAUAACUACAAUUCUCAAUGCGUAAGUAGCCAACAGCAGUUUAAAAGAUGGGAUUACAAAAUGGACAUUAUGUUUAGCUUAGAUAGAUUUGACUAAUGAUUGUAAACCCAAAGAUUUAGGUCUGUUGCUAUGGUUAUUUUGCAAAUGAUGUUUUAUAACUUUACAAAAUUGAAGCAUUAGAACAAACUUUGUUGUUAGUGUAUUGUAAGCUUUACUCUCAAAGACAGAAUUCUGCCUAAUGUUUAUGAGAACUAUACAAUAUCCUGAUAUCUGUUCUGACCCAACUGUAUGACUCCCUUAUCU